GUGGACAUGAGCAAAGUAAACCUGGAAGUAAUCAAGCCAUGGAUAACAAAAAGAGUAACAGAAAUCCUUGGAUUUGAAGAUGAUGUAGUAAUUGAAUUUAUAUUCAACCAGUUGGAAGUGAAGGCCUGAACCAAAAUGGAAGUUAUUCCUUGCGUCUGAAGUAUAGCACCAUCACCUUAUUAGGUCACAGCAGAGUGAGUGUCCAAUGUCGCUCUGACCAACUCCCUUGAUGAUGCAGUGUGUGUUUGGAGGUGAGUUGUGUAAAGUGGCCGAACCAAAGACAGACAAAGCAUCCAGCAGAGAGCAAUUGGGCAAAGCUUUACACUGCUCUUGAAAUUGUUGUGACAUAGGUCAGUUUAAAUGUAAAGCAUGAGGUGCAGUUCUAAAUUGGUAAGAGACAUUCAGUGGAGACGUGCUCUGUUUAGUUCAGAUUAAUAGGACUAUGGCUGUGUUCAGCUGGGGGGGCGGGGGUGCUAAUAUAUAAAUUACAGUAAAACUCUGUCAAGUUGAUAUAGAGAAAAUUAAGGGUGCAAGCCACCUCCCACUGAAAUCAGGGGCAAAACUUCUGUCUAAUCUUAAUGGAGUGGAUUGCACCACUGGAAUACAGCUAAUCAUUUACCAGUCUUAUAACAUGAACUGCAUAAGUGAAUCUGAGUUCAUGAUAAACUCAGUCUUUUAUUUUACACAAUCUGCCACUGCAUCCCAAGAGACAGUAAAGAGUUUCUCUCAACGAUUGGCAAAAACACUCUUGUGCUAAUAUACUUUAUGCUCAAUCUUCCUUCCAAAGAGUUCAUCUUUAUGAUUUGACUGAACAGUUGACAUUUCAACUGAGAAAGGUAUUGCUGUUAAGAGAGGAGGAAAAGUCAUGCUAUAUUUUGAAUGUAAGAUUUUAUUUUUAAACAGCCUUAUUUGGAAUCUCUUAUAUGUUUGCAUAGAAAUCAAGCUGGGGAAGCAGGUUUAAGGGAUCAGCUGGAUAAAGUAAGAGUUUAUAUUAGGAAAUAACUAGCUAACAUGUAUUAGUGUAAUCUGAAUACGCAUUUUUAGUUCCCCUUCAUAGAAAGCAUGAUUUAAAUUUUAGUACUUUUAAAACAAUCUUUUCCUUUUUGUGGUUGUGUACUCAUUAUUGCUUGUUCGUCUUUUGCAAUUUAGAUAAAUGAUAUAACAUUAAACUCAAGGUGGUUGAGUUGCAGUAGGGAGUCGGAAGCAAGCCAAGGGAACAUCUUUCUCUACAGGGGACUUGGCGAUUCCAAACCCCCCCCAAAGUUCCAAGAAGAAACUGAAGACACCUGGAAUCUAAUCCAGAUUCCAAAAUGAUGCAAAUCAACCUGACUGGGUUCUUGAAUGGGAAAAAUGCUAGAGAGUUCAUGGGAGAACUGUGGCCGCUACUGUUAAGCGCGCAAGAAAACAUUGCUGGUAUUCCAUCUGCUUUCCUGGAGCUGAAGAAAGAAGAAAUAAAACAGAGACAGAUUGAACAGGAAAAGCUGGCUUCUAUGAAGAAACAAGAUGAAGACAAGGACAAAAGAGAAAAAGAAGAUAAAGAGAACAGGGAAAAGAGGGACCGAUCCAGAAGCCCUAGAAGGCGCAAAUCAAGGUCUCCUUCCCCUAGAAGGCGUUCAUCACCAGUCAGGAAAGAGAGAAAACGCAGCCAUUCCCGAUCCCCACAUCAUAAAACGAAGAGUCGUAGUGUUACUCCUGCACCUGAAAAGAAAGAAGAGACUCCUGAACCAGAGCCUUCAAUCAAAAUAAGAGAAACUUUGAUCCAAGAGGCCACGUCUACCAGUGAUAUCUUGAAAGUCCCUAAGAUUGAGCCUGUGCCAGAUACCAAGGAAAUGUCUCCAGAAGGAAUUUCAAAGAAGGAAAAAGAGAAGGAAAAGGAGAAGACUCGUCAAAGGUCUCCAUCCCGAUCUAAGUCAAGGUCUAAGUCUCGCUCUCGUUCUCCAUCUCAUUCAAGACCAAGAAGGCGCCAUCGAUCGCGAUCCAGAUCAUACUCUCCAAGGAGGCGGCCUAGCCCAAGACGACGACCAUCUCCUCGGAAAAGAAGCCCACCGAGACGCAUUCCGCCUCCACCUAGACACAGAAGGAGCAGAUCUCCCUUGAGACGGAGACGACGGUCAUCAGCAUCUUUAUCGGGAAGUAGUUCCUCCUCCUCCUCUUCACGUUCCCGCUCUCCACCAAAGAAACCACCCAAGCGGGUUGUAUCCAGCCCUCCUCGUAAAGCACGUAGACUGUCUCCUUCUGCAAGUCCUCCUAGGCGAAGACAUAGGCCUUCCCCACCGCCAAGUCCGCCCCCAAAGCCACGCAGGUCUCCAACACCUCAACAGUCAAACCGUGGAAGAAAACCCCGGGGCUCAGUCUCUCCCAGUAGGACCUCAGUACCCAAACACAAAAGUAUUGAAAAAAGGGAAUCUCCUUCACCGGCACCCAAACCUAGAAAAGUAGAAUUGUCAGAAUCAGAAGAAGACAAGGGUGGUAAAAUGGCGGCUGCAGAUUCUGUGCAACAGAGGCGACAGUACAGAAGACAGAACCAGCAGUCUUCAUCUGAUUCUGGUUCGUCGUCUUCCUCUGAAGAGGAACGGCCAAAAAAGUCAAAUGUGAAGAAUGGUGAAGUGGGUAGACGCCGAAGACGCUCUCAUUCCCGCAGCCCAUCUCCUUCUCCACGCAAAUGGCAGAAAGACUCUUCCCCUCGGAUGCAGAUGGGAAAGAGGUGGCAGUCGCCAAUGGUUAAAAGUAGGAGGAGGAGAAGUCCCUCACCACCGCCAGCUAGAAGACGGCGCUCUCCUUCUCCUGCCCCUCCUCCAAGACGGCGCAGGUCACCUUCAUUACCACGCCGAAGGUCUCCGUCACCACCACCUCGUCGGCAUUCUCCUACACCCAGAAGAUACUCUCCUCCAAUUCAGAGAAGAUACUCGCCUUCACCACCUCCGAAGAGAAGAACAGCUUCUCCCCCUCCCAAGCGAAGGGCGUCGCCUUCCCCACAACCGAAACUCAGAGUUUCUCGCUCUCCACCACCCAAACAGAGAAGCUCUCCUCUGGCAAAGAGACGUUCGCCAUCAAUAUCUUCCAAGCACAGGAAGGGGUCUCCUCCCAGCAGGUCCAACCGUGAACCUCGCUCCCCAGUGCAGAGUAAACGGCAUUCUCCGUCCCCGCGACCUAGGCCUUCCCGUACCUCUUCAAGUCCCCCACCGCUGCGCAGGGGACCUUCGUCUUCGCCUCAGCAAAGACAGUCUCCAUCUCCAAGCACUAGGCCAAUCCGGAGAGUCUCAAGGACCCCUGAACCCAAGAAGUCAAAGAAGGUUUCUACACCAAGUCCGCAUUCUCCGAGAAGGGGAUCUUCAUCCAGGUCUGCAUCGGGAUCACCCGAGCCACCCCCCAAGAAACAUACAGCGCCUCCAUCUCCUGCUCAGUCUCUGUCGCCCUCUGCUCACUGGUCACCAACGGCACCUGCAAAGAAGGCUAAAAGUCCUACACCAAGCCCAUCACCUGUAAGGAAUUCUGAUCAGGAAGGAGGUGGCAAGAAGAAGAAGAAGAAGAAGGAUAAGAAGCAUAAAAAGGAUAAGAAGCACAAGAAGCACAAAAAGCAUAAGAAAGAGAAGGCUGCAGUAGCUGCUGCCAUGGCUGGUUUUACCACACCUGCCCAGGAUGAUCCAGAGAAAAACGUAGAGCCCAAAAAGGAGACAGAAAGUGAAGCAGAAGAUAACCUCGAUGACUUGGAAAAGCAUCUGCGCGAGAAGGCCUUGAGGUCCAUGAGGAAGGCGCAAACGUCUCCGCCAUCUUAGGCAGAAGCAGCAUUUGAUAUAAUGUACAUUUUAUUUGGUUUGUACUCAGACUUCAAUUUCAAAUUGCUAAAAUGUGUUUGAGCUUUAGACUUUAACAUUGGUUGUAAUAAUUGCUAGGUUGAAGUUUACCAUGUGUUUAAAAAAAAGGGCAUGGAUCUUCAUUACAGGAAAAAAAGUAUUCACAGUGUACUAGUGACCUCUUUCAACAGUUGACAUUGUUUCACUAGAACUUUUUUUUUUAAAAUGCAGGAAGGAUUUCUUGCCUCUUUGCCCCAUCCAUGGACCUUCAGGAGUUUUAGAACAAGGCUCACAGAUCCCACAAUGCCUUUAAAGUGCCACAAUCCAAAAGUUGAUUAAGUUUCUAAUCUGAUUUCUUGCCCCAAGCUAUUGUGGUCUGUACACACAGGGAAGCCACUGUUUAGUUAUGAACGACAUUGCGUAGGAAUACUUGCAAAUACCCAGGUUUCUUGGUGGUUGCCUAUAUCUUCUGCUUAAGCCCAGAAUUAGAAUUUGAGGAUGGUACACACUGGAAUUAUAUUUGUACUUUACUACCCCCACCUACCCCCACUUCAGGUUGUGUUUUUUAAAGGCAGUUCCCAUCAUCUGCAGACUCUGCAAAUUUUUGCAUACAGUUUUGUUCUGUGAAAUGUUGUUGCUGCCCCAUUCAUUGUUUUUUCAUUUUCUUUUUUGUCUCGUUGUGGGUCUUCAGAAUAGUGUGUAACUUUCAGAGCUGUGAUUUCUGAAAGUCUGGAGGACCUGAACUUUGGAUAUUGUCAUGUUCUCACUGGGUUUUGUUUUUGGGUUUUUUUUUUUUAACUAAAGCUAUUAUAAAGCUUGUGGAUUAAACAAAAUAAAUUUCUAAAUUUAAA